CUCCCAGCUGUGGUUGUGUGUGUCGGCCGCACUGCAACGGUUGCCCGAACCCAACAACUCCAUUCCACACCAUGUCGAAGCCGGCCUUGGUGAUUCCUCGCUAAAGGACCGCCAUCACCACCGCCGCCGUACCAUCACUGACAUGGGGAUGACGAAUCUUGCUUCAUUCAAACACGCCCAAUUGCACAUGUCUUUUCCAUCGCGCGCCAACGCCGCCCCGCCAAGCCGCCCCAGAUGCCCUGGUUCAGCUCUUCUUCCUGCGACGAGUCGGCCUGCGCCGCCGUAGACCCCAACGCCCCGUCCAUAGUCGGCCUGCUGUUCUCGCUGCUACCCUUCACAGCCACCUUCGCCGCCGUCGCCACCAUCGCGAACCAAAAAAUCUUUCCGAAGCUCGCCAGAGUCCACGAUGCCCACGAUGGCGAGGACCACUACCUACCGUCGCACGCGCCGCCCAGCCUGAGGCAAGUACACGCCGAGCACGGACAAAAAAGCCCGAGGAGGAGGGCGGCCGCCGUCGUUUUCUCGGUCACCAUCGCGCUGGCCACGGUGCUGGGCGAGUUGAUACUGAGCGAGAUCUCGGAUCUGGUCAGCCGCCGGGCCCGGGAGGUUGGGUUGCGGUUCACGGUGCCCACGCUCUUGGUCUUGCUCGUUGGCGUCAUCCCCUUCCUGGAGAUCCAAAGCGUCGUUUCGGGCAUAGGAUGGAAGUUCCAGAGGAACAGCAAAGGCAAGAUCCCCCGCUUUGCUUGGGGCGUGCAGAUACUGGCCUUUUGUGCAUGGCUGUUUGCCUUUUGGAGCUUGGGCGGUUUGGUCGGUCUCGACAGGACGGCGACCGCGGGAGGGGGUAUACUGCGUGCGUGUCUCGAGAGAAUCGGCGUCAUUGGCAUCUCGUUGAUGGCGAUGCUCAGCGGCUUCGCGGCCGUGUCGAGUCCGUGGCACACCCUCGGCGCUGUCUCGGAAAGGAGGAAGCGGCCUGUGACGGACGCAGACAUCUCGAGAAAGGAGGCGGGGCUAGACGCCACGAACGAGAUGCUUCUGACCAAACGACAUCGUCUGCAGGCGCUCGAGCGCAAGGCGUCCGAAUCACAGUCUGCAUCGUCCAGCUCUGGUGGGUUCAUGGGCAAGAUGCUCGGUGCCGUCCGCGGCAUGGGCGGAGACGAGGCCGAGAUGCGCGCGCUGCGGCUGGAGAUUGGAGGUCUCGAGACGAUGGAGGCGAACCUACACUCGUCGCUGGGCAUGAUGCGCUCGCGCCAGGCCGCCGACGCCCGCGCCGCGACACCCCUGGGGAAAGUGCUCGCGGUGCCUCACUACAUCUUCAGCCUCUACUGUCUAUACCGGAUUCUGGCCACCACGCUCGCGACCCUGCGAAGGGCGUACUACCCAAGCUCGAGCUUCAGCUCCUCGGACCCAAUCAACCGCUUCUUGGGGCUGCUCGCGCGCCACUGGGAUCCCAAGCUGGACCAGAUUGCUUGGGCGCGGCAGAUCAGCUUCCUGCUGUCCGGCGUCAUACUCGCGGCGAGCGCCAACAGCGUGCUGCAGACAUUCCACCUGUUCUCCAAGUGGAUGCCGGGUCUCCUUUACCAGGCGCAGGCGAACCUGGCGUUGCUCAUCGGCCAGAUCACUGCCGUCUACGUCAUCAGCGCAGCGCUGCUGCUACGGAGCAACCUGCCAAGGGAGAUGGGAAGCGCCGUCGGUGACGCGCUCGAGGGCGCGCUGGAGCCGCGGUUCGUGGACUGGUGGUUCGAGGCGUGGUUCCUGAUGAGCUGCGCCGUCACCGGGUUAGGCGUGUGGAUCUCGAGAAAGAUCGGGAGUGAGGACUGGGAUGAGUACCAGUCCGAGGAGAUGGGCGCCAAGAGGAUGUAGAGAGCGGCGUGAGGGAGAGAGAUCUGGACAAUUGGUUAGACUACGAUGAACAUGUUUUGAUACUGACGCGCGAUAUCGGGUGUGUGGCGUUUGGCGUGGCUUUUUUAUUCUCUUUUGUCCUGGUAGAGGUGCCAUAAGACUUGUAAAUCAACGGAUAUGUAAUUCUGGAAGAUGAGGGUAUAUAAAAAAACCCCCCAUUAGUUUUAUCUUUAACUUGGGGUCGUGUCACUCAGCAAAGUCAAUAAACACAGCCCCCGCCAUGUGCAUGUGUAGAUGAGACUGUUUCUCUUCGGUGAUGUACUUUGGCCAUAGACAUAUUUCACCUUAUUGCCACCGCAUAACUCCACCUAGAACCAUACAACCAACCAAACCCCUU